AUGGACAGCAAAACUGAAGAGAUUCAUGUUAUACUAGACAGCCUAAGCAACACUGACCCAGAGAUCACACACUCUGCACUAAGCAUGCUGGUGCAGAAGAUGCGUGCAUCUACGUCUGUGGCAUCCACAAUACCACAGAUCCUUUUGUACUUGGUUUCACAGAGGGUUGUUCUGCAGGACAAGCUAGUGACCCUGAGUGGAGAGAACAGGAUGCUAAUGGCAGACAUACUUUCCGUUAUUUCUGCAACACUUGCUACAACUGAAAGCCUGAAGUACAGGCUAGAAGGAGGAGCCACUCCCAUGGACAUAUGGGGCCAUCAGUACGUGAAGAAGCUCUCGUGCGACAUUGUAAAGAGCCUGAAGGCGCACAGGAUGGCAGGAGGCAGCCUUGGACAAGAAGAAAGCAACCUUUCAGAAAUGAUUGCAACUGCAGCAAAGGAGAGUGCAUCUACGGCCAAACACUCUCACGGUGCAGAGAACAGAGCAGUAGGAGAUGAGAAAGUAACAGAAAAGGAAGAAGUUUCUGAGGAGGAAAUUCUGCCGAUAACAGAAGAGAUGGCUGAUCCACUGGAAAAAGUCAUCGAGGGAGUUGUUGAGUGCAUGUUCAAGUUCAACUGCGAGUGCGACUGUGUAGAUUUCUUAUUGGAAAUUGACCGGAUUGAGAUGAUCCUGAACUACAUUGACAUAGAUAACCAAGAAAGAAUCAUAAGAUAUCUAAAUGCACUAGUGUACUUCGUAAGAAACGAGAAAGUAACAAACACAUUCCUGGAGCUGCUUAAAAGAAACGGAAAACUAGAGGAAUAUGCUAAGCUCAUGAUCAAAGAGAGAAGAUUUGAGCAACUGCUGCAGGAGGUGACAGAGUUCAGUCAGACAGAAAAAAUAAGAAUAUUCUACAUCCUGGGAAAGCACGAAGUAUGGAGCCGAGUGCCAAAGGACCUGUGGGACUCUUUUGUGCAGAACAUGUCAAAGGAGAAACUGCCAGAAGGAGUUUCUGUUGAAAAUAUCACUAGUAAUGGGUAUAUGGCAGAUCUAAACAGAUAUGUUAGCACUAGACUGGAGAUGAACAAGGAAGUCCUUGGGAACUUCGGGUCUUUCUCGGACGCACUCUCAAAGGCAUCAUUUUCCAGUGAGAUUCUUGCAGAACCUGAGAACAAAAAGACAUAUAAAAUAACGACACAGUGCUCACGUGGUCUGCUAUACUUGUGGGACCAGAAGAAGGCACUCAGUGAACUGGAAGAGCACAUUUUCUCUGAGGACGGGUACCUGAAGGUUUCAAGUAUCCUGGCACUAGCAACUGCCACAUGCAAGGUGUACGACUACAAUGACACAGUCCUGGCAGCUGCCAUGGAGGCAAUGGACACAAAGUCUGUCACCCAAAGAAUUGUCGUUCUCAUUAGCUUAGCCAUCAAGUACGCAGGAACCCACAACAUGGAGAUGUUCCACAGUCUGUACCCACUCCUGUGCGAUGACACAAUUGAAAUAGUCUUCUUCACCAUAUAUGUAAUAGGAAAUAUCUUUAGUGGCAGUUGCAACAAGGAUAUUUACACGGAACUAUUGAAUGUUCUGGCAAGCAGGAUAGGCGGAGAAGGAGAGUGCUCUUCCCCUAUAGUCAAAUUUGCUCUUCUGGGGGUCUCGCUUAUUUUCCUGCAAGGAGAAGGCAAAGUGACUGAAGUUCUUGACUCUUGCGAGAUUAUGGAGGCAAAUGGAGUAUCUCUCUCCAUUCUCCUCAGAAGCAUGGCAUACAUGGCCACAGGAAACACAAAAGUCAUUCACGACAUCCUGAAGGACGCACUCGAUGAACAGAGUGAAAAUGAACAAGAUUACAGGGAGAUGUUUGGCAUCCUUGGGGUAGCACUAAUUUCACUUGGUGAUGAUACUCUAGUCCAGAUGGCAGGACACAUCCUUGAAGGAUCUAUGCUCCUGGACUCUGCCAAGGUGCAAAUGGCAAUCCCAAUGGCCUACAGCUUACUCUACCUCUCCACAGGAAAGACAGAGGUAAUUGAUACCCUCAGGAAAUCCAUGCACAGCCCAAAUGCGCAUGUCAUGCUCUCUGCUAUCCUUGGGCUUGGACUUGUCUCAGCAGGCACUAACAACUCGCGUGUUAAGAUCGCCCUGGAUGAAAUGUCAACCUUCUGCGGGAAGGGUGCAGCAGGAAGUGCCCUGAAAAUAUCCCAGGGUCUUCUGCGGCUAGGGAAAGGAAUGCACAAACUCUCACUUUUCAAUGAUGCAGCAAUUUCAGGUCGGUCAGUUGGAUGCCUCCUUGGGUUUAUGAUGGGGGCAUUGGAUGGGGGUGUUGGAAUUCUGGAUAGAUAUUACUUCGUGCUUAUGUUGAUUGGGGCAAGCAUCACCCCAAAGUACUUGAUCGCACUCAAUGAAGGAGGUUCACCCACAGAGUGCAAUAUUCGGGUGGGAAAUAAGAUAGAUACAGCUGGUGUAUCUGGAAGACCAAAGACACUUGCCGGGGUGCAGGUGCAUGCGUCACCUGUCAUUCUCCAAACAGCAGAAGGCGCAGAGGUCCUUGGGGAUUCUGUCUCGUACCACACAGAUGGUGAUGUUGUAAUUGUUUCUGCACCAAGUGCACGCCCUGAUGCUGAACAUCAAAAAGAAUAA